AUGGGCGAGUCUGACGGCCAGGCCCAGCCGCGUCAGAGCCCUCAGCCCAAGCAGGGCAUCAAGCGCAAGGAGGGUGAGGGUUCGGAUGAGCGCCCUGUCGACCCCGGUGCCACCACCGCGCUGCUCAUCAAUGAGUUGAACUGGUGGACGACUGACGACGACAUCCGCGGUUGGGCUGUUCAGGCCCAAUGUGAGGCUGAACUCAAAGACAUUACUUUCAGCGAGCACAAGGUUAACGGCAAGAGCAAAGGACAAGCUUAUGUCGAGUUCACGUCCCAGCAGGCCGCCACGGCGGUCAAGCACCGCAUCGAGUCGCUGGCCAACGAGCCGAAUCAGCCGGCGUCGAAGCGUCCCACGGCGAUUUACAACAAUCCGUCGUUCAACCCUUUCCGGACGCUGCCCAAGGACACCCCCAACCGGGGCGGUGCUCCCAGAGAUGGCCAAGGUGGUGGUCGUCCUCCUGUUGGCCCAAACCACAAUGAUUCGCAGCGCCCGAACAGCUACCAGGGCGGCAACAACGGCUUUGGUGGUGGCGGUUACCGCGGUAGAGGUGGUUACACUCCUCGUGGUCAGAUGAACCGCGGUGGUUAUAGCAAUUACCAGGGCGGCAUGAACAACCAGUUCAACCCCGGUAACAACAUGGGCUUCAACGCUGGCGGUGGCGGUGGCGGUGGUUAUGGUGGUGGUGGUGGCGGGUUCAACAACAGAGGUGGGAUGGGCAUGAUGGGUCGUGGUGGUGGCAUGCGCGGUCGCGGUGGUGGCGGCGCUGGAAAUGCCAUGGGCAUGAUGCCCAUGAACCCCAUGGCUGGCGGUGGCAUGAUGGGAAUGGGUGCUGGUAUGAACCCCAUGAUGAUGGGUGGUGCUGGCCCAAUGGGUAUGGGUGGACCCAUGGGUGGUAUGCCUGGUAAGGACCCCAGAACUGACUUUUCCCCUGGCGGCACUGGGCCGUCUCGACUUUUUCUUUUCUUUUUUUGA